CUCUCUCUCUCUCUCUCUCUAUCGAAUACCCUUUUCGAUUUCUGCUUACUCACAGUGUUCUUCGAUUCGUAUAGUCGGGAAGUUGCUUUAGAAGAUCAUAAUCAAGCAAGUAUGGUGGCAGAAGCUGAGGUUGUAUGUCGACCGGCCGUCGCCGUUCAGUACAUCUGCGUUCCGUCUCCGCCGUCGCCGAAGGCGGAGUCGAAGUUCAUUGACGUCUCUCCGGCGGCGCCUACCGCCUCUCCAAUCGCGAUCGACCUUUCACGCGUCGAUUCGGCUCUGACCUGCUCGACCAGCACACAGGCCUCAAGGUCAUUUGACACUCCAGCCCGAAACUCUGCCCCUAAAAUCCGAUCAGGCAGCCACACGGACAUCGGGCCCCGCAGCUCGAACGAGGACCAGCACAUCUGUAUCGACAACCUGCCAGCUCACCUGGGCCCAUCCCUCCACUGCUGGCCCGAGCCCGCUUCCUUCUACGCAGUGUUUGACGGCCACGGCGGGCCUGCAGCGGCCCUCUACAUGAAAAACAACGCCACCCGAUUAUUCUUUGAGGAGGCCCAGUUACCCCAGGCCCAAUCCACUGAAGAUACUGACAACAAAGGGCAAUUCUUGCAAGAUCUCGAGACCUCCCACCGCCACUCAUUCCUGGCCGCUGAUCGGGCCCUGGCAGACGAGACGAGCCCGGUGGACCCGUACUGCGGGACCACUGCCCUCACUGCCCUUGUCCUCGGGCAUAACCUUUUCAUAGCCAAUGUUGGCGACUGUCGAGCCGUUUUAUGCCGGAAUGGAAAUGCUGUCCAGCUGUCACGUGACCACAGGCCUUCUUGUAGAAUCGAGCGAAAACGGGUUGAAGAUUUAGGUGGGAAAUUUGAAUAUGGGUACUUGAAUGGUGACCUGGCUGUGACGAGGGCUCUUGGGGACUGGUACAUGAAGCUCCCGUUUGGGUCGGCUUCACCCUUAACAGCCGAGCCUGAGUUUGGGUUGACAUUGUUGACUGAGGAUGAUGAAUUUAUGAUUAUUGGGUGUGACGGGAUUUGGGAUGUGAUGUCGAAUCAAGAAGCUGUCCGUGUGGUGAGGGACGAGUUUGCUCGUUGCCAGGACCCAAACGAGUGCGCGCGGGAGCUCGUGAACCAGGCUUUGAUGCGGGACUCGUGCGAUAAUGUGACAGCUGUCGUCGUUUGUUUCUUGUCUGCAAACUCGUUGUCUCGUGUUUCGACUUGUUCGCGGAGGUCGAGGUUUAGGUUCUGCAUGUCUGAGGAGGCGCGUAGCAAGUUGAGGAGCUUAUUGGAAUGUGACAGCAAUUGAAUGGAAAGUUUGACUUUGGGAAAAUUAAUGAUAUGUUUUUUCUAGUUCAUGAGGUUGGAUUGGAAACUGAUUGAGAUGAAACUGGUUGUGGUAUUCUUUGUGUAGAUAUUAUUUUCAGUGGUUGAUUUUUUGGCCAUCUGUAUUAUUGAGGUUGCUUCAGAUUCUGUAAGCUGAUGAGCAAAGGCAGCCAGCAAUUUUGUUGUGUGAUGAUGGAUUUAAAUUUUAUGGCAGUAGUAGGUGAUUGAUUGUAUGAUGCCAACCAUAAAAUUUGGAUUGAUCAAUUUUGAUUAGUUUUCCUGAGUUUGUUCUGUUUGUAAUGUGUUGCUUCUUGUGUUUGUUGGGCAAACAGAUUUCUUUGGUGCAAAAAAGUUGGAUCCUUGUAUUUUAUCCUUGUGUUGAUCUAACAAUUGUGUACAAGUAGGA